AUGUCGUCCGCAAAUAGUAUCAAGGUCGUGGCCAGGUUUCGACCUCAGAACAAGGUCGAGCUUGAGUCAGGCGGAAAGCCCAUCGUAUCCUUCGAUGGCGAGGAUACCUGUACCGUCGCCUCCAAGGAGGCGCAGGGUAGCUUCACCUUUGACCGAGUCUUUGAUAUGGGAUGUAAACAACAAGACAUUUUCGACUUUUCGAUCCGAUCUACCGUCGAUGAUAUUCUCAAUGGAUACAACGGAACCGUCUUCGCCUACGGCCAGACCGGUGCCGGUAAGUCUUAUACCAUGAUGGGCACAAACAUCGACGACGAUGAGGGUCGAGGUAUUAUUCCCCGUAUCGUCGAGCAGAUCUUUGCCAGCAUCAUGUCCAGUCCCGGCACCAUCGAGUACACGGUCCGCGUCAGUUAUAUGGAAAUCUACAUGGAGAGGAUUCGAGAUCUGCUUGCACCGCAGAACGACAACCUGCCCGUCCACGAAGAGAAGAACCGAGGUGUCUAUGUCAAGGGUCUUUUGGAAAUCUACGUCUCAAGUGUCCAAGAAGUUUACGAGGUCAUGAGGAGAGGAGGAAACGCCCGAGCUGUCGCCGCCACGAACAUGAACCAGGAGUCCUCGCGAUCCCACUCCAUCUUUGUCAUCACCAUCACACAGAAGAAUGUCGAAACCGGUUCAGCGAAAAGCGGACAGCUGUUCCUUGUCGAUUUGGCUGGUAGCGAAAAGGUUGGCAAGACCGGUGCCAGUGGACAGACUCUGGAGGAAGCCAAAAAGAUCAACAAGAGUUUGAGUGCCCUGGGAAUGGUCAUCAACGCCUUGACCGAUGGCAAAUCCUCACAUAUUCCUUACCGAGACUCCAAGUUGACCCGUAUCUUGCAAGAGUCUCUCGGUGGUAACAGUCGGACAACCCUUAUCAUCAAUUGUUCGCCCAGUAGUUACAACGAUGCCGAAACAUUGGGUACACUAAGAUUCGGUAUGCGAGCCAAGUCGAUCAAGAACAAGGCCAAGGUCAACGCCGAGCUGAGUCCCGCCGAACUCAAAUCCCUCCUCAAGAAAGCGCAAGGACAGGUCACGAACUUCGAGAGCUAUAUCUCCUCCCUCGAGGGCGAGAUCCAGAUGUGGCGUGCUGGUGAAGCCGUCCCCAAGGAGAGAUGGGCCACACCUCUAACUACCGAUGCCGUUGCUAGAACCAAGGCUGAUGCCAGGACAUCGACACGGCCAUCUACUCCUUCAUUAAUAUCAGACAGCCGAUCAGAAACACCUGCGAUAUCCGAACGAGCUGGCACUCCCAGCUUACCGCUUGACAAGGACGAGAGGGAAGAGUUCCUACGACGAGAGAACGAACUGCAGGACCAGAUCUCGGAGAAGGAGUCUCAAGCUGCGUCGGCCGAGAAGCAGCUGCGAGAGACCAAGGAGGAGCUGGCCUACCUCAAGGAUCACGACAGCAAAGUCGGCAAAGAGAACGAGAAGCUCACAACCGAGGUUAACGAAUUCAAGAUGCAACUGGAGAGGCUCACAUUUGAGAGCAAGGAAGCUCAGAUCACAAUGGACGCCUUGAAGGAGGCUAACUCGGAACUCACCACCGAACUCGACGAGGUGAAGCAGCAGCUUCUCGAUGUCAAAAUGAGCGCCAAGGAGAGCGGUGCCGCUCUCGACGAGAAGGAGAAGAGGAAGGCCGAGAAGAUGGCCAAGAUGAUGGCUGGCUUCGAUUUGGGUGGCGAUGUAUUUAGCGAGAAUGAGCGACAUAUCGCUGAGACGAUCGAGAAGGUCGACUCGCUUCAUGAUCUCAGCGCGACUGGCGACAACAUCGCACCUGAUGAGUUUAAGGCGCUCAAGGCUCGAUUGGUUGAGACCCAGGGCAUUGUUCGACAAGCAGAGCUUUCCAUGUACAGCACUUCCUCAAGCGAGUCCGACUCAAGGAGGAGGCAAGAACUUGAAGCCCGUCUUGAGGCUGUCCAGGCCGAGUACGAGGAGAUUCUUACCCGUAACUUGGGCCCUGAAGAUGUCGAGGAGGUCAAGGCCCGACUUGAGAACGCUUUUGCGAACCGCCAGACUGCUCAGUCGCAGUUUGUCGAAGAGUUGAAGGAGGACAUUGCCCAGAAGGCUGCUGAGAACACAAGAAUGAAGACCCUUAUUGAGGAUCUUCAACAGCGUGUCAAGGCGGGCGCCACUGCGCCAAUGGCUAACGGCAAGACGAUCCAGCAACAGAUCGCCGAGUUUGACGUCAUGAAGAAGAGUCUCAUGCGUGACCUUCAAAACCGAUGCGAGCGUGUUGUCGAGCUCGAGAUUUCCCUUGAUGAGACUCGAGAGCAAUAUAACAACGUUCUCCGAUCGUCCAACAACAGGGCGCAACAGAAGAAGAUGGCCUUCCUCGAGAGAAACCUGGAGCAACUCACCCAGGUCCAGCGCCAGUUGGUCGAGCAGAACUCUGCUCUCAAGAAGGAGGUUGCUAUCGCUGAGCGCAAGCUGAUUGCACGAAACGAGCGUAUCCAGAGCCUGGAGAGCCUGCUACAGGAUAGUCAGGAGAAGAUGGCCGCUGCGAACCACAAGUUCGAGGUUCAGCUUGCCGCUGUCAAGGAGCGACUCGAGCUGGCCAAGGCCGGCAGCACUCGCGGUCUUAACUCGCCUGGUGGCUUUAGCUUUGCCAACGCUGGUAGCAGGAUCGCCAAGCCUCUUCGAGGAGGCGGCGGCGGCAACGACGCCCCCAGCAUUCCCACGAUUCAGAACCUUCAGGGCCAGAGCGAAGGCAACACCAGCAGCGGUAGCAGCAGCAAGCGUGCCAGUUGGUUCUUCACAAAGUCAUAG